AUGGCCAAGUGCCGCAGUCGCUCCAUACUUAACGAUGAAAUACCCACACCGGAGGCAUCCUGCCCUGCUCCUGCUCCAGCUCCGGCGAAUCCCUCGCCGCAACCCCAACAACAAGCACAACAACAACAACAACAGAACUACUUACCUCAAACAUCUUUGCUGAAAAUCGAACCGUUCGUUCCUAGUUUUAAUCAAAGACUACGCCGGCGUCCUAUUGGUCGCUCCCAUAGCACCUUAAGCCACAAUGUCAUCCCAAAGCGACCAGUGCAGCAGCAGAUCCAACAGCAAUCGGAGCUCCAAGUUGGCCAGCCGCAACCGAUCAAGCGAAGCUAUGCCGCCGCCGUCCAAAUCCGUCAGCAGCAACAACAACAGCAACGGAAUCUACCACGUGGCGUUGGCAUCCAGCGUCAGCGUUCCAAAUCCACAUCCUCCUCCGCGGCAUCCAAUAGUUGCCGUCCGGCCACUGCAGCUGUAACGCCCAAUACCCUGGUGGGCAGUGCAGGUGGAACUCUGGUAAGUGGUGCCAUAGUUACGCCGCAGGCAAAUGGCAUAUGUCGGAUUCAGAGGUUGCCCAAGGAGCGGGAGGAUUUACCCGAUCGCAUCAACUACGACAAGAGGGGUCUUACGGCCAUACCCAUAUUCGAGCAGGAGCCCAAUCUUCGAUUGCUGUCGCUGCAGCACAACCUGAUUAACACAUUCCACAUACCCAAGGAGCUGCCACCGCCUCCGCCACCAGUGCCUCCCCAACCAAUCACCACUCCGCGGGAGAGCAACAAUAAUAAGCUGGGUGAAUACAGUAACGGGAAUGGAAUUAAGGAGGGAGGACGCUCUGGGCUUCGUGGACAUCAUCCAGGCAGGCUUACCCGUGCCAUGACCAAUGCAGGCGGUAAUUCCCACCGCCUAUCGCCCAAAUCAGGCGGGAGUCCUAGUUCAGGAAGUCCUCUAACCACUCAGGCACUAGCCAUCAACGGAGGAACAGCCGCCGGGCGCUCUAAGUUGGCCAAAAGAGGCUUCAACUACGGACAGGCGCAAUUGACUCCUCCACCGGCGUUGCGCAUGCGCUAUGGAUUGGAGAAAUCCAAGAGCUUUGUGAGCAGCAGUCUACAGGCAAUGAAGCAUCAGCAGCAACUAAUUCAAAGGAGGGCAUUCCUCAAGGCCACCAGAGGUGGAGGAGUGGGCAUGGCUGGUGGACAAGGCAGUAAUCUUCUCCAGAGUUGCGAUGAAGGUAGUGCCCUUCACAGCAGCAAUCUCUCGCUAUGCGGUGGAUGCGGUGAAGAGGAGGAUACUCCCAGUUUGAUGACAUCCAUUUCAGCCUUGGAACAACUGAGCAUCAAAAACAAGCAGUUGAGUUUAAGUGCCAGCUAUGGGAUCAUCUUUCAGCAACUCGUAUUCCUGGAUCUCUAUGAUAACCAGAUCGAGAGGAUAGCCAAUCUGGAUGGACUACCAUCGCUUUCGGUGCUUCUGCUGGGAAAGAACAGAAUCACGGAUAUUGGCGGUCUGUCUUCGCUGAAGGAUACCUUAAGAGUUUUGGAUCUUCAUGGUAACAAACUCACCAGUCUGGGCAGUCGUAUCAACUGCCUUCAGCAACUCAAAUCUCUGAAUCUGGCGGGGAACCAAAUUCGUCAGAUAAACCAGCAGGAUUUCCUGGGAUUGCGUUGCCUCAGAGAGUUAAACCUAAAGCGAAACAAACUCCGACGGAUCAAUGGAUUUCAGCAUUUGGUGGCAUUGGAAAGGUUGUGGUUAUGCCACAACGAAUUGCACAGAGUGGAUGAUAUGGCUAGUAUAGCUAGGGCGAACCGCCUCCUAGAAGUUACAAUCGAGAAUAAUCCUGUGUCCCUGGCUGGAGAUUGUGUGUCCUUCCUGGUUUCGUACCUUCCACUACUGCAAACACUCAGCCAGAUGCCCAUCACGGAGCAGGUGCGUCGAGCUGCUCUUGCUUGGCGUCAGCACAAGGAACAAGCCCAAGCUGCUCCUGGAAGCUCAGAAGCUUAUCACAGCAUCCGGCGAGAAGAGGUAAUAUCCAAUGCCCGAACUAACUGGGAACUGCUGCGAUCCCAACAGACAGUGGUGGGUCGUCCCAAAAGUCGACUGACCAGCGAGUUGGCCAAGAUCAAUGAGUCCAACGAAGGACCCACAGCCGAGGAGGCGGAAACAGAGUCCGAGGAGUCGCAGCAGCCCAAGGAACUAAUGGAUGAACUGCAAGCACUGAUCAAACUGCCACCUAUAGCAAAGAACCUAAGGAAUCCCCAGGAAGAAGAUGGCGCCUCCUCGGAGGCCUCCAGUCUAGGUCCCAAUGUGGACUCCUGUUCCAGUUGUUACAGCUCGGAUAACGAGGAUGGUGGUGGUAAAAAUAAACCACAGACGCCACAGAUUGAUGAAAACUGCAAUAAAGUUGAGAAGCCGCCACCAUCCCCCGUUCCAGUUGCCAGCCCAUCGCCUGAAGUAGCUAAAGUAACACCUCCAGCUCCAGUGGCCUCUUCGCCAUCGCCACCUGCCUUGACAUUGACUCCACCAGCUGCUCCUGGAACUCCAGUGCCCGGAGUCACAGCUACUCCUCCUCCGGCAGCAACAACUGCCACCUUGCCUGUGCCAGCUACUGCAUCCUCCAAUACAAGUCGCCCAACAAGCAGCAAACAGCGUUCCCGACAUGCGCCCAUCACUCAAUUGGGUUUGCAGAUCAACCAGAGAGGUGGAGCAGGUGCAUCUUCCAAACGGUACAUGGCAGGGAGCUUGGUCCGGGCACAAACCGUCAGCAGCAGCACCAGUAACAGCAGCAGUUCCAAUAGCACGGGAAGAGGGAAGACCACUAACAAUGGAUUAACUUUGGUGGCAACUCAAACGAAGGCCGCGACGAAUAAUACUGCCAGCCAAUCUUCCGCAGGAGCAGGAUCAGGGACAGCAGGAUCAACAACUGGAUCUGCAACUGGAGGAACAGCAACCACUCCCAGUGCAGCCAUCACGGUGUCCAAGCCAACUGCCGCUGAACGAGAAAGGGAACAAGGUGGUGAUUACCUGAUUGAGAUUUGCGGACGUUACCUCAACAUCUACGGCCAGGGAGCUCUCCGUUUCAUAGACAAGCAAUGGAAUCCAGCCAAGGCCAAUGAUGUUCACACACUCAACUUCAGCUACAUCAACUUCAACAGCAUUGUUUGUGUGCUAGGCAGGAUUAAGCUGAGAUUCCCUCACGCCGAGCAUUACGUUUUCCGGGAAACCAACAUCUCCUGCUUGGGCCAACUCAAUGGAUUGGCAGAGCUCCAGGGCCUCAGCAGUUUACUUAUUGAUGCCGAGGGCAAUGGCAUCACCUUGAAGGAAUCCUGGCGAGCCUAUGCCAUCUACAGGUUGUCCCACUGGGGAUUGAAGCAGCUCAAUGGUCAGGAGGUAACUGAAGCGGAAGUGGAGGCUGCGAACGCCACAUACGUAGGACUCUCUGACCUGGUGCUGUGGUCCAUGCCCGAAGUGAUGUUGCAGCCGCUUUUGGCCAGAUUGCGACUUGAUGAGACUUGCACGGCCAGCAAGUUGUCUCCAAAGGAAUGGCUUCUUCGGGCGGAUAACAAAUCAUUGCGUCUCGUGGUGGGAAAAGAGGCGCUUCAAUGGAAGAAGAAUGCUGGAGUCGGAAAUGGAGCAGUAUCCUCCACAUCCAUGAACCUGAACCCAGCAACAGAAGCUGGAAGCACUGCCAUGGCGCCCAGUGCUCGAGAUCGAGGUCGACAGCACUUUGCCCUUCUGCUGGAGAACACCUGCAACGCCGUGGAGAAGCUGCACAAACUGGAAACGCUUUGGCCCAGCAUGCUCCUUGACAUCGUCCGGAAUACCCUGCUGGAUUACGCCCAGUUGGAUGUCUACCUGCGGAAUCUCAUGUGCGAACUGAUGAAGUGA